AUGACGGAUGUUGCUCCUCCCGCGGCCGGCUCAGCGACGGCGUCGGCUGCGGCCGCCGCGCCUCCGCCCCCCGGAGAGCGAGAUGGGCCCGGUGAUUCCGCGAACUCCAUGCAGCCGUCGAUGACGCGGCUGCUGCACCUGCUUGCCGAGCUGCGCGAGUACCAGGUCUCUUCCGCCCAGGAGCAGUCGGAAGUGGAGUUCGAGCAGGCGGAGCAGAAUGGAAGGCUCAUACGCCUGGAGCAGCAGCUGUUGGCCGAGGAGCAGAUCAGCCUUGACCUGGAGCGCCGGGUGCAGACUUUGGAGGACGCCAUCCGCCAGGAGCGCCGCUUGUCCGAGAAGCUCUCCCAGGACGGUGCCCAGUCUUCCCACAGAAGUCUCCGUGAGCUCCUACAUCCCGAGAUCCUGCGCCAAAGCCAGACGAAGGCUCUCUUCCUCAGUUGGCAAUGGGGCCGCCCAGGCCAGCGCCACCGGCGCGGUGAUGACGCUGGUGGCAGUGGUGACGUGCGCGGGGGCACCCAGGUGGUCUUGUUCAUUUGCGAGACCAACGCCUUCCUCCGGUCUGAGCGGCGGACAGACGUAUCACUGGACAGCAACCAGGACUCAAUGCUGACCAUCAACUUCGAUGUGACCAUGCUCGAUAUGGCCUGCGAUCACGUGACUGUGGGGGUGUGGGAUGCGUUCGGCAGCGAUCGAAUGAACAUCACCAAGAACAUCCAAAAGCAACGGAUCGAUCACAAGGGGGCCGAGAAAGGGCACGCGUACACCGACGACGAGCUGUUGGAGCUCGACUACUCCGAUAAGACGCUGACCGCCGAGGACAAGGCAGAGCUGGACUCGGAUUGGAGCUCUUCCAGCGAUCAGUUCAAGCACGACAGCUUCGAGUCGGUCCCCAGCCUCAGCGCUGUUUUUGAAUUGGGCUCCGUCCUGGCGCGGAAGAAUCAUGAGAGAUAUUCACAUGCGGAGGAGGCUUAG